CAAAGUCCAACCGCAUGUAAGUACAUUACACAGUGCCCAACGUACCUAUACUCGUAGGUAUACUUAGAGGUACCUAUACAGUAUACACAUCAGGACACACGCGAUAAUCGACGACGACCACGACGACCCAAUAUGCGCUAUGUUAUUCGCCUUCUAUUUAGUAGCAAAUGCGCGUGUUUUCUGUGAAGCUGUGCUGUACCAUGGUUCACUCAGGUUCUUAGCCAUGAAUCCAGCUGUACUGGUAAUAUUAUGGAUUCGACUGAGUGUUACGUUUGGUUAUCCGGCAACAUUACGAGACAUACAAACGAUAUCGAAGAUUUUUGGGGAUACACAGGUAUCCAAAGGUAUUAUCGAUACAUUUGAUCAGUCUUUACCGCAGCCAGCCACUUAUACUAGUCCGUUUAAUUUAAUUAUCCGUCGAAUACGAGGCGACGACGACGACGAAAGCUCCACCUCAACAUCGCCUGCAGCAGACGACACGCCGACACUGCCACCGCCACAACACCAGCGUAUCAUCUCCAUAGUCAGAGUAUCUUCAACGUCAGUCGUCAAGCCAAAAGUCAUCGUCAACAAAUCCAACGAAAUAUCCGUCAGCGUGAAAUCGAAGCACGCCAAUAACAAUAAUAAAACCCUCGUAGACAAAUUCGAAAGCUACGUAACGCCUUUCGUAUCACUUCUGCGAAAGAAUCGUUUGGACGUUGACGAAGAUGUGCCAAAAAUCGCCACCUCAUCACCCUCCAGUCUUUCUGUGAUCGAUGGUCGUUCGUCUAUCGCUGUCGUUCGUCAACAAUCUCGCAACAGUGUAUCUUCUUCAAUUACCACCAGUACCACUACUAGCAGCACUACCAUAUAUGACCUCCAUCGUGAAUCCAAGUCCACUUUCAACGACUCCAGCAGCGAUGUGGAUCAAGACUACGUCGACGAUACCACCGUACGACGUAUAGUGUUGAAAAAACACACUCUAGGUAAUCGGGACGCUUUGGAUGAAUCUUACGAUACUCAAGAUGACAGCAGUAACGACGCCAAUGACCAAGAGGCCGCCGGAGCUGCACCUGAGUCAGCCCUUUACAACGAAUCCGAGCAUUCUGCUGAACCAGAACGAGUGUACGGUGAACCAGAACGAGUCUAUGGUGAACCGGAACAAGUAUACGGGGAACCUGAACGAGUAUACGGUGAACCAGAACGAGUCUACGGAGAACCAGAACGAACGUACGGUGAACCAGAGAAAAACUACGAAGAAUCUGAGAAAGCUUACAAACCGGACGACGUCGUAGCCGAAGAACCGCCCGAAAACGAUUUCGACAAACACGACGACAGCAAUGAUUUCAAAAUGCCAGAGGGCUCGUCUGAGAAUCCGCCUCCUUCAUCGGCGCCUGCUCAAGCUCAGGGCCAGGGUCCAGCUCCAGUUCCGGCUCCGGCUCCUGCCAAAUCGUACGCUUCCUAUACGACCAAAUUAAACGAUAAGAAAUCCAGCUAUAUUGUCGACAAUGGCACCUAUCGUAAGUACCGAGUCGAAGAGAAAACCCCCGACGGAUUUAUCGUCGGCGAAUACGGUAUGGUCAGCCAUCAGGACGGAAGUCUCAGAGGUGUUCGGUAUACCGCCGAUAGUAACAUAAAUCCGUCGCUUAUUUACGAAACUUUAGUCAAAUUUUUAUCGCUCAAAUAGAUUCUAAGUCCAAUGUUCGAUGUGUAACGAUGUAGAUAUUCUGUCGUAUCGAGUAAGCAUUUUUUUUUCUCUUUAAAUUGUACAUUUUUUUGUCAUUUUUCUCUUCCCUAUUCGUUUUUUUUUUCAAUUGUUUUAAUACCGAUCGACUUUUUAUCAAUUUUGUUUUCAUCAGCAGCAUUUUUCUAUCUUUUAAGUACGAUAAUCUGAUCAAUUUCAGAUCAAUUUUUUCAUCGUGUUGUUUAUUGUGAUUCGAGAAUCGUACGUAUGAGCCAAAUCAGAGAUAAUUGACCAACGUCGAUUAAGAAUCUCCGCUCGUAAAAUUCAAUCAUUAAACCUGCGACCUAUCUUCAAGGUUUUAAUCAUACGUAAUUUUAAUACGCGCGUAAUUUUUUUCUCGUUUCAACGUAGCAAGUACGAGUACAUCGAUAAACGGUGAAAGGAUAGAAAAUUAUACUCUAUACGUUGUUCCCCCCUUAUCGUUGAUAUUAUUCAGUAUUUCUAUCUACCACAAGUCCACCUACCGUAGAUACAUUUUUAUGCCCUCCUUGUUUCAGCCUCCAAUUUGCUUCCUUAUCGGUGCAAUAUCUUGGUCAAUUUUUCGAUUAAUUUCGUUCUCAGUCGAGAAAUGCAUUUCGUGUACGUUCCAAUGUCAAAAUGACAACAUGAUCGAACUUCACAUUUGCAGCCCUGAUAUCAUUUUCAGAGGUGAUGAGCGAUCAAAGGUCGACUUUGAAUCCAAUUGUUCAGUUUUGAGAAAAACUAUAGAAACAACUGGGCCAUUUCGUUUCGAUUUUCUGAGAAUAAUAAUUGGAAAAGUAAUUAAUUAUUUUUAUCAGAAAAUUAUGGGAAAAAAUGAGAAAUGAGUUAAUUACUAAAUAGAUCCUAAAUGUUUUCGAAGAAGUCUUGCAGUUUUAUAAUCAUGGAAAUUUCCAAAAUUUUCAAAAUAUCGUAACCUGACAGGACAUAAGUCAACAUCUGCCAAUUGUUGGUGCACUUUGAAGAAUCUCCAAUUCUCCAAGACGCUUUUUCGUGUUCUUCAUUCUCAGCAGAGACGAAAUAAAGAGGAAUGAACAUCAAAAAUACCAAGUUUUUGAGCAAUAUAUUCCAUUCUACCAGACUUAUGUAUUUCUCGAUGACUUCUUCCAACAAAUUAUUUUCAAAAUCAAGACUUCAAAAUUAUUGAACUUAUUUCAGAUUUCGAAGGGUUUAAUCCGAGCAGUCGUGAGCCAAAACGAGCCCUGAACAAAUGGCAUUUCGCCCCUUCCACCCAAACGUGGAAAAUAAUCAAAAACUUACCAAUUUUUUCAGUUUCUUGAAAUUAACAGUAAUGGCCAAAAUAUUCCUCCGAGUUUCAGAAAUGAUAUCUUUCGAUAUAUUGUGACGUAGGUAAGUGAUGCGAAAUAUUUGAGAAGAAGAAAUUUUCAAACACUUAAUUCACUCAAAAGAUAAUCGAUUUGUAAAUUUUCAACUGCUCAUUAGUCCUACAUAUCGUAAAAUGUGGUCUUGGAUUUUUAGGACAAUGGCCCUGGGACAUCGACGCAAAAUUUCAAAUACUAUCUUUUAGAACUGGAAUAUUUAUCUCAAAACAGGCUGGGUAGAGGCUGGAACGAAGAAACCACAACUUUUUCGAAAAUGCAUCAUCUCCCCUUCAGGGGCACCUUCAUAGCAAAAAACAAUUUCUGGGUGACCAUCAAUUCAAAAUGAAGAUUUGCAUUGAAUUUUGUAAAAAUCCUCAAAUUUUUGUUUCGCCAUUCACCUUUAAUGAAUAGGUACCUCUAAGAAAUGAGCCAGAAACCAAAUUUUCAGCAAUUUUAUUGAUUUCCAUGCUUUCAAAAGCAAUGUGAAAACAUUGAACAAUAAAUGUUUUGCAUUUUACCGCCUCCCCUCCUUUCCCUUCAAAAGUACUUCAAACGAAUUUUAAUUCUUAAUAAAAAAAAAAAAACUCAAAAAAAAUCUGCGGAGAAAUAUAAAUUGGAUACACUUGGCACAAUUUGAAAUCCCUGUAUCCAAAAUUUAGCUGCUCAAAUCAAUUUCCAGAUUUUUAGAAAAUUUUUAAAAAUUAAAAUUGACGAUUUUCUUUUAGUUAAAAUGAUGAAAAGUGAUUCUGAGCCUAAUAUUGAUUCCUUCAAGCCGAAUGCCACUAUUUCCAGCUAUUCUGAAGCUUCCAACACUGUUUUGAAAAUUUUGCAGAAUUUUUACCAUUUUUGGAUUUUUAAACAUGAAAUCGGACCAGAUCGACACCUCAAAUCCAAAAAAUGACAUUUUUUUUUCGUAAACACGCCACAAAAAUGGCACUUGCAGGGGUCGUACUCCAUUAUUGCCAACAAAAAAAAACUCGAUAAAUAAUUUACUUGGAAAAAAGUUGGAUAUGAGUCCCGAAUGAGCCAAAAUUUCAGGUCUUCAAGUCGAUUUCUUGAACUUCGGCGAAUUAUUGAGAAUUUUUGGGUCAAAAGUGGGAAAAAAUUAAAUUUUAUGUAAUUGAUCACAGAGAGCAGUUCAAUGAUACAUGUACUCAACAUAUUUUGGACCCCUCCCCCCCCCUCACAGAUAGAUUGAAAGUGGUCUAAAGAUAAACGUUGUGUCAUGCCACGUUCAAUCAGCUCGGUUUUGGAUGGAUUCUCUAUUUUUGCUCGAAAUUCAAAAAAUAAAUUGACAUUACUAUGAUUCAGUGCUCCCAAAAAUCUAAUGAACCAUAUGUCAUACGAUUUCUUCAAUUUUCAGGAAAUUUUGAGAGCCAAUCGAGGCGUUGGUGGGGAUGAAUCAAAAAAAUAAAUUGAAAUUCGUAUCCAACGCUCAUAAAAACCUAUUAAAGCAUUUGUCACGUGAUUUUUUCGACGUUCAGAAAAUUUUGGGGGAAAAUGAGGGCUUGUUGGGAGGGGGAUCAAAUCAAAAAAAUAAGCUGAUAUUCAUAUUCAACAUUCUCAAAAACGCAUGAAACGAUAUGUCACACAAUAUUUGUAUUUUUUUUUACAUUUCGACCAAAAUUUUGGAACACCCUCCCUCCUCUCCCCCCCCCCAUCUUCUCACCCUCUCUCCAUGGUUUUGCAAACCUCAUCGCGAAAAGUUCAUAGCUGUGAAUAUUAUAAAAAAAUGUGUGCUUCCUGGAAUUGAUUUUUAAAUUUUAAAAUUAUGGCUAAAAAAUUUGAUAUGUUUUUGAAAAUAAAACUUUAAAAAAAGCUCAAUUUUGAACAUUUGAAAUUUUUGGCAAAUAUUUUUGAAUUUUCCCCAAGUUGCAACAGUCUCAAGUAGGUAAUUAAAAUCCAAAGUUGACAUCGUGACGAUAAAUUUCAAAAACUGAAAAAAGGCCAAAUUCCAUCAAAUCAGCCCUCUCAAGAGCCCAAUGAUAGAGGUAUUUUUUUUCAUAAUGUGAAAACCCUGCAGAAAAAUUUCGAGUAAAAUUUGAAGCCCCAAACUCAAGCCCAGACAGAUUUGUCAAAGAAUACCCAACGGUAAAAGUCUAUUUCUUAAAUUUUGGGAACCAAUUAAAAAUCUUGAGGUAAUAUUUAAAAAAAAUAAAUUUUACCUGAUCAAGCUGAAAUAAAAAACUAAAAAUUGGUAUGAAUUUCAUUUUUGAACCCCCCCCCCCUACCUGUCGAUUAAAAGCGAUUCGAAGGCUACAAUUUCAGGAUGUAAUCACUUCACGUUCCUGAAUUUUGAAAAAUUAUUAAAGAUCUUUGGGUCAAAAAUGGGGAAAAAAUGGAAGUUCAAGAAAAUUAACUCGAGAGCUGAAAAUUGGCAAAUGCCCCAUUUUUCACCCCCCCCCCAAAAAAAAUCAAUUGAAAGUGGUUCUGAUGCCAAAAUUUCAAGGAGCAAGAAAUUUGAGAACAAGAAUAUCUCAUUUUACAUGAACACAUUCUUAUUAGUGAAUUGCUCUCGUUUAAUUUGGGUGGUCAAGUCAAUUAAUUUUGGAGAAUAAAUUAUGCUCCAAACAUAAGCGUACUUUAUUUUUGACCCCCCUCCCUUUCCUUUCAAAGAAUGCAGGUAAAAUACAAAAAUUUCUCAAGGUGAAGUUCAUACUUUAAAUGUUCAAGUUUUCAAACAUUUGUGGCAAAAAAUUUAAUUUCUCAAAUACGUAGGUAAGUAGCUCAAAAAUUUGAUAUGUUUUUGGAAAUCUUAGAGCUUUCAAAAAAGCUCAAUUUUAAAUUUUUGAGAUUUUUGGCAAAUAUUUUUGAAGUUACUCGCGAACAGAUUUUUCCCAAGUUGCAGCAGCAGUCUCAGGUAAUUAAAAUUCAAAGUUGGACAUCUUGACGAGAAAUUUCAAAAAAUUCCAAAAAAUUCUGAAUUCCAUCAAACUAGCCCCAAGGGUCCAAUGCUAGCGGUCUUCUUUUUUUCACAAUGAGAGAAACCUACAAAAAAAAAUCCGAGUAAAAUUUCAGACCCUAAAUUCAAAAUCAGGUAGAAGUUUAUUUUUAAAAUUUUGGGAAACCAUUAAAAAUCUAGAGGUCAUAUGUAUUUGAAAAAAUUAAAUUUUUACUGAUCAAGCUGAAAUAAAAAACUGAAAAUUGGUAUGUACUUCACUUUUGAAACCCCUUCUCCCCUCACCUGUCGAUUAAAAGGUCAAAAUUUCAAGGUGUAAUCACUUCACUUUGAUGAAUUUUUGAGAAAUUGGGUCAAAAAUCAGAAAAAAUGAGUUUGAGCAAAUCGACUCAAGAGCUGAAAAUUGGCAAGUGCUUCAUUUUUUACCCCCCCCCCCCACCCCCUUCAUCCCCUAUCAAUUGAAAGUGGUUCAAAUGUCAAAAUUCAAAGAAGCAAGAAAUUUGAGAACAGGAAUAUCUCAUUUUGCAUGAACACAAUCUUGAUGAAUAAUUAUUGCUCUCGUUUAAUCUGGGUGGUCAAGUCAAUUAAUUUUGGAGAAUUAUUCUAUUAUGGUCCAAGUGUACGCGUACUUCAUUUUUGACCCCCCCCCCCUCCUCCCUCCCUCCCUCCCUCUCUAUCUUUCCUUUCCUUUCAAAGAAUGCGGGUAAAAUACAAACAUUUCUCAAGAUGAAGUUCAUGUUUUUUUAAUUUUGAAAAUUUUCAAAAAUCUGUGGCAAAAAAUCAAAUUUUUUAAACAUUUAUUUCCAAUUAAAAGACUGGAAAUUUAUAUGGACUUCGAUUUCCACCUUCCUCUUCUCCCCUCUUCCCAUCCAACUAUUCAUUGGAAUCAGUCUGACCAACCUGGGGUGUGCCCAACUUACACGUUUCACAUUCUCCUACUCGAUCACAUGACAAAUUAAAUUAGGCAACUUCUUCGACAUCUGUGUACGCUUCAGUACAAUAUCCCAGCCCUACACAUAACUCUGCACGAAAAAUCUCCGGAAUUCACCAACGUUUUUGUCAGAACCAAGGUCACCAUUGCUCGCUCCAUUUCUACGAUAUAUUUAUCUGCAUUGCUAUGAUCUCGAAAAUACAUUAUGUAGAACAAACGACGAGUAGGUAAUUAUGCAAGAUGCUGUUGGUCGAUAAUCGAAAAAUUUGCCUGACCGACGCCUCGUCGAAUAAAAAUAUCUCUAUGCGAAUUGUGAUUUCUGAUUUGCAUUUUGUAAGAUGAAAAACAUUUUAAAAAUAAGAUAAUGGGGGGGGGGGACAACAAGAACAACAACAGCAAACAGCAUGUUCUUCUUCCUGUUUUGUAAUUUGUAAGUAGUACACAUUUACGUAUGGUAUGUGCUUCAAUCGAGGUCGAAUUUUCUCUCGGGGUGUAGAAAAUUUUUGAAUGUUGUGUUGAACGACGAAGCUGAGCUAUUCGAAUUCAAGAUGUUUUUUUUUCUUUUUUUUUGAGGUAAACAUAGGUAGGGUGCUCGUACACUCUGUGAAAGCAUUUUUUUUUCUCCCCUUACCUACUACGAUAUUAUAGAGAUACCUAUAAUUUUAAUUUUAAGUAGUCUAUUGUAAAUAUAAUUAUUCGAAUGUGAUAUUAAUUUAAUUUUACCCUAUGCGUAUUAUGUAUCAAGUGAUUAGCGAGACUAAGUAUCAUUUUUAAAUACUCCAAUCAAAGCAUCGUAUUAUUAUUUAAAUGAAAUUUUUCAUGUACAUGUAUUUAGUAAUGUGUAUCUAGACGCAGUAUAAUAUUAAUUUAUUGUUGUGAUGCCAUUUGAAUGAUUUUUCUAAUUGAUAUGAAAAUAAUUUUUAAAAUACACAUUUUCGAAUGAGUAA